CAAUUGAUGAGGAACUGGGUGAAAUGAUUGCAAGUGAUUUUCAGCCAUUUUCACUCGUGGAUGACAAAGGAUUCAGAAGAUAUACUCAUGCUCUCAAUCCAAUGUAUGCAAUUCGAAGCAGGAAAACACUUUCUCAAAGAAUCAUCCCAGGCCUAUAUGACAGAGAACGUGCUGCACUCCAAGAAAGGGUCCAAAAAGCCAUAGCUGUUUGUCUAACAACCGACUGCUGGACAUCCCGAACCACUACAUCCUACAUGUCAGUUACAUGCCACUUGGUUGAAAAAUUCAAAAUGGUGACCUGUCUGCUGGAUUGUUUUGAGUUCAGUGAAAGACACACUUCUGAGAACUUAGCAGAGGAGCUGCUCAAAGUGGCCAAAGAGUGGAAUGUGGAAAACAAAGUGGUUUGCUGUGUAAGCGACAAUGCAGCUAACAUCACCAAAGCAAUUAAAACCCUGAAAUGGACCCAUCACCCAUGUCUUGCACACACCCUUAACCUGGUUGUAAGAGAUGCUCUGAAGGUGAUGAAGCCCACUGCGGACAAAGUGAAGGGGAUAGUGGAAUUCUUCCACAGGAGCACAACAGCCACACAGAAGCUCAAAUCUACCCAACAACAGAUGGGCAUGCCUGAGCUGAAGCUCAAGCAAGAGUGUAUUACAAGGUGGAAUUCCACCUUUCACAUGCUAAAACGGAUCCUGGAGUCCAAGGAUGCAGUCAUCUCUACCCUGGCUGUUAUCAAUGCACCUGUUGAUCCUCUGAGCCAAGAGGAAUGGGAGGUACUGCAGGAGGCAUGCACUGUUCUGGAGCCAUUUGAGCAGGUCACUGUGGAGAUCAGUGCAGACAGCUAUGUUACAGCCUCUAAAGUGUUGAUCCUUUGCAAGGGUCUUCAGAAAGUGACAGCUGAGCAUCAGACCAGAGUAACCACAGGGAAAGUGAAAGAGUUAGUGGAUGCUCUCUGUGUAUCCAUGGACAGAAAAUUUCACAGAAUGGAAUGGAACACUGUUCUGUCAGAAACCACCAUUCUUGACCCAAGAUUCAAGAAGCUGGCAUUCACUGACAGAGAGGAGAAACAGGAUCAACCCCUCAAAGCUUAG